GGGACAUAGAUGCGUGUCGUAAACACGGAAGAUCCAUGUUAAUAGAUCAUAAACAGACAACACCCCGCUGCAAUCUCUUUUUAAGACCUAUUUUAGGAAGUAGUAGCAAUACUUCAUCAGAUCUGGUGUAAUAGUUUUCUUUACUUUGACACAGACAGCUUGUGAAUGAUCCGGGUGAUGGCUGCAGUGUUGUUAAAGCUUGUGUAGCCGAGCUGCUUCUGCCCCAUUGAAAACACUGAAAACAAACUGCUGGAUAAGAUGCCUGCUCGUAACGUUGUGUCCAACGGGAUUCCUAACAGCAAAGUUAGGUACUCAAGGCUAGCCUCUGAUGAUGACGGCUACAUUGACCUACAGUUCAAAAAGAGCCCACCCAAAGUCCCAUACAAAGCCAUAGCACUAGCCACAGUCCUCUUCUUAAUCGGCUCUCUGUUAAUCAUUAUUGGCGCCCUUCUCCUGGCUGGAUACUUUGAGGUCACUCACACAGACCGAACUGUGCCUGUCCUCAUCAUUGGGAUCCUUGUCUUCCUGCCUGGAAUAUACCACCUACGGAUAGCUUACUAUGCAUCAAAGGGCUACCCAGGGUACUCCUAUGAUGAUAUCCCAGACUUUGAUGACUGACCUGCACUGUAGCUUCAGAUGUGCUUACAUGCACUUAUAUACAGUAUUGCUUGUGCUGAACUUUAGGUAGUGAUACCUUUAAAGAAAAUGAGGUGUAAUUGUUGCUGUAAACAAUGAUACUAUUCUGAUAGAUUUUUAUGCCUCGGUAGCUAAUGCCUGCUGUUAUGAAGCCACAUCAGUAUCAGAUACUCUAUGAUUUCUAUAUUUGUUUUUAUUAGCUUGAUUAAUUAAUAAAACUAUGAUUGAUGAUGA